CGAUAUCUUCGAAGCCAAACAGCAGGCGACGCAGUCAAGCGGCGACUUCGCCCAGAGCCGCCGCGUGCUCCGGUGCGGCUCAUCGACGUCCCGAUCGAACACGGAACAAGCGGCGGACCUUUCCUCCUCUGCCCUUCUUGGUAUCAUCUCCACUCGCCAGACGCGGACGUUUCGCGUUCGUAUAAGAAGUCCCAACGCUCGCCCAGAUUUUGCAGAAGCUCCUCCUGUGUGGGUUUUCAACGAACAUUCUUGGAUCUUUGUUGGCUUGGUAAGAGGUGAAAAAAAAAGAGUUUUUUUUUAAAACUCUUUUGGGGGAGUUGGUUUUGGGAGAAGACGAAGUGGUGGGGGAGAGAGAAGAGAACAUGCCCAGUUGCCACCUUCCGAACGGCUAUAAUUAGGGUGGUUUGCGUUGUUAUUUACUGUAGUUAAUAUUAUUGGGGGCAGAGAGAUUACGACAGACAAAGAGAGAAGAAAAGGAAUAUAUUACACGGAGAGGAGAGGGAGGAACUGCCGGCGAUCGAAUUGAUUAGUACGCUUUCAGCGGCUGCGGGAUCCAAUCGAUUCAGGAAACAUUCGGCGCGGAUAAUUUUUUGCUCGGAGGAGGCAAAAAGGAGGAUCUUUCCGGGUGGAAAGUUGCUAUCUUCUGCUAAACUUUGCUUUCUCAAGUAUGCCGGAGGGCGGCUGUCCUUAUUGCUCCAAAAAGACGGAUGAUAUGUGCGGGAACGUCUGCGGCGGGGCUUCGAAAGCAGCGCUGAGCAUGUCACGGCUUCGGUGCGCCCUCCAGGGCUUUGAUCUUAGGGCAUUGUCGCUUCUCCUGGUGGGCGUUCCCAUUCUCAUAUUCAUCAUUUAUGUCCAUGGCCAGAAGAUAACCUACUUCCUCCGCCCACUUUGGGAAGCCCCUCCAAAACCAUUCAAGAUGAUACCCCAUUACCACCACGAGAAUGCCUCGAUGCAGAAGCUGUGCAAGCUCCAUGGCUGGGGUGUUCGGGAAAUGCCAAGGCGUGUCUUUGAUGCUGUUCUGUUCAGCAAUGAACUUGACAUCCUUGAAAUCCGGUGGAACGAGCUCAGCCCCUAUGUAUCAGAGUUUAUUCUCCUCGAGUCCAAUUCAACAUUCACCGGCUUGAGGAAGCCACUCGUUUUCGCAAAGAAUCGCCACCGUUUCAAGUUCGCUGAGUCGCGGCUGACUUAUGGGACUGUUGGAGGCAGAUUUGUGAAAGGAGAAAAUCCUUUUGUUGAAGAGUCUUACCAGAGGGUUGCAUUGGAUCAGCUUAUCAGGAUUGCAGGCAUCAGUGAUGAUGAUCUGUUGAUCAUGUCUGAUGUUGAUGAGAUCCCUAGCGGUCACACGAUUAACUUAUUAAGAUGGUGCGAUGAGAUCCCUGAGAAGCUUCAUCUCCAGCUUCGUAACUACCUUUACUCUUUCGAGUUCCACCUCGAUGAUGAUAGCUGGAGGGCUUCAAUUCAUCGUUACAAAUCUGGGACGACCCGGUAUGCCCAUUUCCGCCAGUCGGAUGACCUGUUAGCUGAUUCCGGAUGGCACUGCAGCUUCUGCUUCCGGCGCAUCAGCGAGUUCUCCUUCAAAAUGAAGGCAUACAGCCAUGUUGACCGUGUUAGAUUUGCCUACUACUUAAAUCCUGCAAGAAUUCAAGAUGUCAUAUGCCAUGGAGCAGAUCUUUUCGACAUGCUUCCUGAGGAGUACACUUUCCAGAAAAUCAUUGCCAAGUUGGGGCCAAUUCCUAGUUCAUACUCCGCCAUCGAUCUUCCAGGUUAUCUAAUCCAAAAUGCUGCAAGAUUCAGAUACCUUCUUCCAGGAAACUGCAAAAGAGAACGUGACUGAGUGAAUUUUGGGGCAUCUUCAUUUGGUGAGAUGUCACAGAAAUACCACCCACAAACUUCUUAAACGUAGGGCAUAUAUUGGAGACAAGAUCCCAACAUGUGGUGGAUGGUUUUUGCCAGAAAAUGGAUGAGCACUCUGAUUAUCAUGUUUCAUGCGUCCGCUCCCAGCUGAGCGAGCGCAGUCGACUGUAACUAGCAUGAGAGAUUGCCCAUUUCUUCCUUAGUAUGUGAUAUGAAGCCUCAUUUUUGUAGGAUCUAAAGGAGUGGCAUUUCCAUACAUUCUGAGAUUCUUUUCAGUAGGAAUCCAUUAAUUCAUGCAUUCUUCUGUCCACUGACCUAACUCUCUUUAAACUUUGCGAUUGUAGCAUACUCUGUGGUUGGAAUUUUGUUUCUCAUGAAUUUGUACUUGUUUCAGUUUCUGACGAUGCCUUUACAGUUACUA